AUGCCAAACACUUCGGCGAUGGUGGCAUGCUACCCAGGGUCGGGCAGCCACUACGUGAAGCACGUGGACAACCCCAACAAAGAUGGCCGCUGCAUCACAGCCAUAUACUACCUGAAUCUCGACUGGGACGUCAAGAGCUGCGGGGGUCUUCUGAGGGUGUUCCCCGAAGGCACUAACCAGGUAGCAGACAUAGCGCCAAUCUUCGAUCGCAUGCUGUUCUUCUGGUCCGACAGGCGGAAUCCCCACGAAGUUCAGCCGGCCUACAGGACGAGAUAUGCCAUUACCCUUUGGUACUUCGACCACCAGGAAAGAGAAGAAGCUCUAAGAAAAUACAAAAAAGGUCAGCCAUCUUCGAGUCAGUGAUACAGGGUGUCACAAACUCGCUGCGCGUAACUGCAGCCUCUUUGUGAUGUGCGGACUAUGAGUGAACUUCACUAGUGAGUCUAUUGUUCAAUGAUUGACAACUCAACGAAAGCCUUUUAGAUAGUGCUGUUUUAAAAUUGUUAAAACAAUAUUGUUUGUGCAGAUGUGAUUACUUUUUCUUAUGUGAACUAAAACAUUCACCCUGUAUACAGUAUUAAAAGUAAUUCCCAAAGCCAUUUUUCAUCUAUUUCCUAAUUCUUCAAUCUCUUCUAUUCAAAUCUUACUCAAAAUUAGAAACUAAUUAUAUCUGCACUGACAUAUUGUGUACUCGUAUAUCGCCUUUGAAAGGCUUAAAUGUAUUUUCCUACUAGUAAGUCAAUAUUACUGUUUCAUAGUCCUAUUUUGAACUAGUUUGUACAAAUCCUUUACGCAAUAGAUGUGGACAGAAACCAUUCAGAAUGGCAGGUUUAAUUUUCAACAUCGUCGAAAUACGUGGUCCGUUCAACAUCAAGGAAAAUCUGUCGCUUAGUACCGAGCUUCUAAAGGGUCAUCAAUGAUGAUGAUGAUAACCAUAACUGCCAAUCUAUGGCAGUCAACUGCACCAAGGAUGAUCUCUAAUGCUUCAAACACACCAACGCGUGCAGUGGGUCUAGACAAAGUGUAAAUUAUAAUCGCAAACCAGUCGAAAAGUGGUCGAAAAGCCCCUUUUUUGUAUG